AUGCACAUCUCAAUCGCAACCGCCUUGUCGGCUGCAACACUAGUGUCUGGCGCCGCCAUCAAGCGACAGAAUGUGCCCUCUGAGUCUGUCCCAUUGACAUCGCUCUUCCCGGCGUUGCCUCUCUCCAUCUUCGAGCAGACUGCAGGACACACAUUGACCCUCGAGGAAGCCAUUGCUGGAGUGAACCUCACCGAAAAGAUCAAUGACCUCGCCGGCAAGGUCGAGGACAAGGUCGAGGACACCCUCGAUAACCUCGACAACCUCAUCGCACCCAACAUGAAAGUCAAAGUGGCUGCUGCCGCUGCUACAUGCUCCACUGUCCGUGUUCGUCAGGAGUGGGACUCGGUUUCCACGAGUGACAGGCAAAACUUUGUGGACGCGCUCAAGUGCUUGAUGGGCAAGGCCCCCUCUGGCCAAUUCGCAGCCUCCAAGAGCCGCUACGAAGACUUUGUUGCCCUGCACCAGACCCUUACACCCAGGGUACACCAGAACGCGAAGUUCCUGCUGUGGCACAGGUAUUACCUCUGGACGUUCGAACAAAUCCUCCGGGAUGACUGCGGCUUCACCGGCCCCCUACCAUGGUUCGAUGAGACCAAGUACGCUGGAAAGUUCUCCCAGUCUUCCAUCUUCUCCAGCCAGUGGAUGGGUGGCAUCGCACUCAACGGCAACUGUGUCACGGACGGCCAAUUCGCCAACCUGGCGAUCAAUGUUGGACCUGGCACAGGUAACCAGCCUCAUUGCCUUGCCCGUAACGGCGACAGCGCCAAGACAAUCAAUACCGGCCAGUCCAUGGUCGACGCUUGCAACUCUCGCGCCACCUUUGCCGACAUGGCCAGCUGCUCUGAAGGCGGUGCUCACGCCUGGGGCCACAACGGCAUCGGCGCUGUCAUGCUGGACGUCUACGGCUCGCCCGCCGACCCAACCUUCUGGCUGCACCACGGCUUCAUCGACCGCAACUUCCGCAUCUGGCAGAACCAGAACGCUGGUGUUCGCACGACUACCAUCGAUGGCAACGACAUCGAUGGCAACGCGCUGACGCUCGACAACACCAUCAACGUGUACGACUUCAGGCCGGAUGUCAAGAUCAGGGAUAUUCUUGAUACCGCUGGCCCUACCCUUUGCUACAAGUACAACUACUAA